UAACCCGGAUAAGUGCCACUCACAGCCACGACAGCUCACGUUUCUGUUCCCGCAGUCCGUAGAGACGCUUCCCGGUCUGAAAAACAGUAGUUUAUUCACCGUUUCCUUUGUUUUUGUUCUGUUAGAGCUAAAGUCGCAUUUAUCUGACGUCACGACUGCCGCCAGCUGAUCGUACGUCAUCACCUGUGCGCCACGAGUUGACAAACACACAGCACGCGUUUCACCUUGUUGUGAACCCAUUUGGACACGGAGACCGUCAGAACUUCCACAACAACACCGACACCGACCGACCCGAGAUGCCAAAGUAUUGUUCUGUCCCAAACUGUAAGAAUGACUCCGGAAACGGCGGCGACAGGAAGAGCUUCUACAAGUUCCCUCUACAGGACCCAGUCCGGCUGCAAAUGUGGCUGAGGAACAUGCGCCGUGACAACUGGACUCCCUCUCGGCACCAGUAUAUUUGCCACGAGCACUUUGCGCCGUCGUGCUUCAAGGUGCGAUGGGGGAUCCGCUACCUUGAGAGCGACGCUGUGCCCACAGUCUUCCAGGAGGCCGAGAAACGGAAAGCGGCUGAUUCCUGUGAGAGGACGCCGAAGCGGCUUCGCGCUAACAGCGAUCAAAGCGUAGCGGUGUCAGGUGACGGGACGCUGGCUGUCGACGCUGUGGAGAUGGAGAGCGAAACGUUGCACACCGUACAUGUGUACGAGAUCACUGUGGAUCAGCAGGGAGAAGCCGGCCGGCUGGAGGCGAGUGAUGCUGGGGAAUCGGACUGGACAGACCUGGCGUCAGUGAACGGAUUCAAAACGGGGCCGAGUUUCCCUUUUACUUUACUGCAGACAGUAAACGAUCUGAGUAACAGCGGGGAGGUGGUCGUGAUGUCUGAAUGCCCCGCCGGCCAGGGCCAAGAUGAGCUUCUGAAUGAAAUCAGAGCUGCCAUCUUAACUCAGGGCCGCGGGAUGGUGAGUGAAGACGUGACCAGCGCCACAGAGGAGCCCUCGGACGACCACGAGGGCCGCGAAACUCAAGUCAUCGCCUACUUCGAGACCAUACCGAACGUCUUCCCCAGUGAGACCGCCGCCCAGCUCAACAUCUGCCCGGACACGGUGCUGUCCUCCGCCCUGAGCUCCAAGCCCAUCACAUCCACUCUGCCCAUAGUGUCCAAGUACACGCCGCCCUCCCCGACAUCCCUGGUCCUCACCGUGGAAAGACUGGACACGGACGAGGGAGAAGGGGAUGACGGCACGGAGGAGGAGGACGCCGUGGAUCAGCUGGACCGCCAGCUGGAGGAGCACUGCUACCACAAGAGCAGUCUGAGCAAGGAGCAGCUGGAGGCCAUCGUGUCCGAGCUGCAGAAGAAGGUGAAGGUGCUGCAGCAGCGCCACCGCCGCCACCUGGAGAAGCUCCUGGGCCUGGAGAACACGGUGAGCCAGCUGAGGCAAAGCAACUCGCUGAACGAGGAGCGACUGCAGCUGCUGGAGAGGGCGUACAUACAGACCAGUGCAGCGGUGUCGGAUGCAGACGGGACCGUGGCGAUCAUCUACGAAGAGGACGAUGCUGCGUACUUGUACACUCCGCUGAUCACCGCGGACGAGAAGCUGUGAGGCUGACCGUCCCGUCCGUGUGUCCGUCUGCCGCCCUCUGGGGCCGAUGAUGUGAAAACAAAGCGCUAUCGAAUUAUUUAGUCUCUUAACCGUUGUCGGAUCUGCUGUCAGCUUUGCUCAAAUAUGGAUGAAUAAUAUGGGACAGUGUCCAAUGGUUUUUUUCUGUUGAUUGUUUUUUUUUUUUGGUGUUUCUUCCAUCUAUCCCUCCCCUCCUUCCUCUAACCACUUUCUGUUUGACUUGUAACAUAUUUUUGUUUGUGAUCAUGUACAUAUCAAAUUAAAAAUAACUU